CGUCUCUCAGAUUUGCCGCUAGGGCUAUUUUCAGCUGCUCGCCGUAAGAAAUCGAUCGGAGGACUUCAUAUCUUUGAUUGCUUAACCAACUUCAGGUCUACAAAUACAGGUCAGAUUGGCAAUGGCAGACAAUGGUUUAGUGAAUGAUGAUACCAAUGAUCAAAAUUCUCCACCUUUGGAGAUUGUUAAGAAUGAAGCAUCCGUGGAUGAUUUGUCAAGGGAUGUUCAAGAAACUCUCACACUUUCACAGAGUCACAAGUUUUGGGAAACACAACCUGUUGGACAGUUUAAGGAUCUACGUGACACUAGCUUGCGUGAAGGCCCCAUUGAAUCUCCCACGCCUUUGUCUGAAGUAAAACAAGAACCUUAUAAUCUUCCCAAUCUCUAUGAGUGGGUCACUUGUGACAUGGACUCUGAGGAGACAUGUGCCGAGGUUUAUAACCUCCUCUCAAACAAUUAUGUGGAGGAUGACGAAAAUAUGUUCAGGUUUAAUUACUCCAAAGAGUUUCUCCGUUGGGCCCUUCAUCCUCCGGGUUACUAUAAGAGCUGGCACAUUGGGGUACGUGUGAAGAGUUCAAAAAAGCUUGUGGCUUUUAUAACUGGCAUUCCUGCCAGAAUCCGAGUUCGCAGUGAUGUUGUUAGCAUGGCAGAAGUUAAUUUCUUGUGUGUUCAUAAGAAGCUUCGUUCAAAAAGAUUAGCCCCUGUCAUGAUUAAAGAGGUUACCCGGAGGGUCCACUUGGAGAAUAUCUGGCAAGCUGCUUAUACAGCCGGAGUGGUUCUUCCCACCCCAAUAACUUCUUGCCAGUAUUGGCACAGAUCUCUGAAUCCCAAGAAGCUUAUUGAUGUUGGGUUUUCAAGGCUUGGACCUAGGAUGACGAUGAGCAGGACAAUGAAGCUGUUUAAGUUACCUGAUUCAACGGUUACACCUGGUUUUAGAAAAAUGGAGCUCCGUGAUGUUCCUGCAGUCACCAGGCUGCUUAGAACUUACAUGAUGCAGUUUGUUGUUGCACCUGACUUGGAUGAACUUGAUGUGGAGCACUGGAUUCUUCCAAAGGAGGAUGUCAUUGACAGUUAUGUGGUUGAAAGUCCAGAGACUCACAAGCUCACUGAUUUCUGCAGUUUCUAUACCCUGCCCUCAUCUAUUCUUGGCCAUCCAACUCACUCAACUCUGAAGGCGGCUUAUUCUUACUAUAACGUCUCAACCAAGACUCCCUUGCUUCAGCUGAUGAAUGAUGCUCUUAUUGUGGCAAAACAGAAGGAUUUUGAUGUAUUCAAUGCAUUGGAUGUAAUGCAUAACGAAACUUUCUUGAAGGAGUUGAAAUAUGGGCCAGGUGAUGGUAAGCUUCACUAUUAUCUGUACAAUUAUAGACUUAAGCAUAUCUUAAGACCAUCAGAACUUGGGCUUGUACUCUUGUAAUUUCAGAAGUAGCCGACAAGGCUUUGGAUUUUGUGUACCCAUUUUUCCUGUUUUAGAUUUUCAUCAUUAUCUGUGUACUGUGGUUGGUAAUUCGACCUUAUGAAUGAAUUCAUAAACACCCCUAUAAGUAACUUGUAUUUCUAUUUCCG